AUGGCUGCAACUCCACAGCCACAAAAAAUUACUUCAUCAGAAUUAAAAGAGAAAUAUAAUCAAUUAGCCAUUAAAUAUAAAAAGGCUAAGGAAGAUAUUGAUAAAUAUUCUCAUAAUCAAAAAAUUUUAGAAGAUGCAGUUAAGCAAAGAGAUGAAAUUAUAGGCCAAGCUGAACAGAAAUUUAAAGAAGCUGCUUCUAAAUAUCAAGAUGUCUAUCAAAAGUAUCAAAAUAACGAAAAACAAAUUUCGGAAUUGGCUGAAAAGACUUUAAGUCAAGAAAAAUCACUUGAAAUAGAGUAUGCUAAGAAUAAGAGAUUUGCACAAGAGAUUUUAAAGUUAAGAUCUCAAUUGGAAAAGCAAAAUAAAGAAAAUGAUGAAGCAAAAAUUUCAGAUAAUGAAGCUAUCAACGAACUAAUUGCAGAAUUUAAUAAAGAAAGAAGAGAACUGUUGAGUAAAAUUGAAGAACUUGAAAAACAACAAAGAAUGAACUCUCCUGAUGCCGAACAAAUUUCGAAACCAAAAGAUGAUAUUGUUGAUGACUUUCUCCAGAGAAUCGAUGAAUUAAUGAGAGAAAAUGAAUCACUGAAAGAACAAUUAGCAUCAAAACCAGCACAAAGCCAAGAUUUACUGGAUUUUUCGUCAAACCAAAAUAAUUCGAAUUUUAAUCAAAGUUCAAAUCAACAGAAUUCGCAACAAAAUAUGUUGCUUGAUUUAUUUGGUGAACAACAGCCUGCAAAUCAGAGCCAAAAUACUGAUAUUCAGAGAUUAAAUGAUAAAAUUUCGCAAUUAGAGAAAGAACUCGCAGAAAAAGAUGACCAAAUUAAUGAACUCGCUAAUCUUAUUGAAGAAAAUGAUAAAAAACAAGGAACUCAGCAAAAUCAAAAUUUAAAUCAAAAUGACGAAGACGCAAUUCAAAGUUUAGUAACAAAAUAUGAAGAAGAAAUUGAUGAUAUUAAGAAAAAUAACCAGAACGAAAAAGAAAAUUUAAUUAAUCAGAUUAAUGAACUUAAAAAUUCCUUGAAAAACAAAGAAAUCUCAUCAGAAAAUGAUCUGAAUGAGAUGAAAAUCAUUAUUGAGCAGACAAGUAAAGAUUAUGAAACAAAAAUUCAAGAUUUGAUGACAAAUUUGGAGGAAAAUUCCCAAAAACUCAAUGAAAUGUCACAGAAACUUAAAGAAUCUGAAGAAAAGAAUCAAAAGCUCAACGAAAUGUCCAUGUUGCAAGCAUCAAAUGAUGCUGAAAAAGAGAAAUUUAUUAAAGAAAUUUCGAAUUUGACAAAAGAAAACGAGAAAUUGCAAACUGUUCUUAAUGAAAAUGAAAAGAAUAGAACAGAGAAUGAAAGAUUGGUUGCCGAAAACCAGAAAUUGAAUUCUGAUCUUCAUGAAAUUGGAGAAGUAAAUAAGAAUCUUCAAACCGAAAUUGAGAAAUUAACGGAGAUAAUGAAAUCUGAACAAAACAACAAAGAAAAUGAAAUGAUGUCUCUUUUAUCUCAAAAGGAAGAACAAGUUCAAGCGCUUCAAGUCAAAUUGAAUCAAACAAAUCAAGAAAAAGAAAAACAAUUUGAAGAUUUAUCACAAAAACUUAAACAGUUAGAAGCAGAAAAACAGAAAUUAAAUGAUGAUUACGAAUCAAAGAUUAAUGAAAUCCAACAAAAUGAUAAUGAAACAUUCACAAAUUAUCAAAAUCAAAUCAAAGAAAUGAUGAUUAAUAAUGAGAACUUACAAAACGAAAACAAAUCUCUCCAAGAAAAGAUUUCAUUGAAUGAAAAGAGUGACAAUGAAAAAGUUUUGAGUCUUGAAGAACAGUUAAAGGAAUCAAAGAAUUCUAUUUCAUCUCUUCAAGAACAACUUAAAUCAUCUCAACAAACAAUCGAAAAUCUUGAGAAAAACAUUUCAGAGAAAUCUGAAACAUAUAAUGAAAAGAUCAAGUCUCUAACAGACGAACUUUCUACAAUUCAAAAUACGAAUGAAAACUUACAAAACGAAAUCAAAUCUCUUCAAGAAAAGCUUUCAAAUAAUGAGAAAAAUGACAAUGAAAAGAUAUUGAAUCUUGAAGAACAAUUAAAGAAUUCACAGAAUGAAGUCAGAAUUGGCCAAGAGAAACUUUCAAAGUUUGAAAAUGAAUAUGACCAAAUGAGAUCCAAAUUAUCACUAAUGGAAAAAGAACUUUCGACAUCGCAGAAGAUGAAAGAGAGUUUGCAAAAGGAAAAAGAAUCUCUCCAAGAAAAGAUUUCAUUGAGUGAAAAGAGUGACAAUGAAAAAGUUUUGAGUCUUGAAGAGCAAUUAAAUAAUUCAAAGAAUAUGAUCACAAAUUAUGAACAAAAUGAGAAAGAACUUCAAUCUCAAUUGUCAACAUUAAAUGAAGAACUUUCAACAUCGAAGAAGAUGAUUGAAACUCUUGAAGAAAAGAUCUCAAACAAUGAGAAGAAUGGAGAUGAAAAAGUUAAAUCAUAUGAAGAACAACUUAAUUCAUAUAGAAAUACAAUCAAUGAACUCCAGCAAAUUACACAAAGCAACGAAGAAAAAAUUAAAUCUCUUGAAUCCCAGAAUAAAGAUCUCCAAGAAAAGAUUUCUUUAAGUGAGAAAAGUGAAAGUGAUAAAGAGAAAUCAUAUGAAGCACAACUCAAUAACUUGAAGCAGCAAGCACAAAAUCAUAUUUCUUCGCUUAAUCAACAAAUCGAAUCUUUGAAACAAGAAAUUUCAAGUAUUCAGCAAAAUGAUAACGAAACAUUCACAAAUUAUCAAAAUCAAAUCAAAGAAAUGAUGAUUAAUAAUGAGAACUUACAAAAUGAAGUUCAAUCUCUCCAAGAAAAGAUUUCAUUAAAUGAAAAAAGUGACAAUGAAAAAGUUUUGAGUCUCGAAGAGCAAUUAAAUAAUUCAAAGAAUAUGAUCACAAAUUAUGAACAAAAUGAGAAAGAACUUCAAUCUCAAUUGUCAACAUUAAAUGAAGAACUUUCCACAUCGAAGAAGAUGAUUGAAACUCUUGAAGAAAAGAUCUCAAACAAUGAAAAGAGUGACAAUGAAAAAGUUUUGAGUCUUGAAGAACAGUUAAAGGAAUCAAAAAAUUCUAUUUCAUCUCUUCAAGAACAACUUAAAUCAUCUCAACAAACAAUUGAAAAUCUUGAGAAAAACAUUUCAGAGAAAUCUGAAACAUAUAAUGAAAAGAUCAAGUCUCUAACAGACGAACUUUCCACAAUUCAAAAUAAGAAUGAGAAUUUACAAAACGAAAUCAAAUCUCUUCAAGAAAAGCUUUCAAAUAAUGAGAAAAAUGACAAUGAAAAAGUUAAAUUAUAUGAAGAACAACUUAAUUCUCUGAAGAAAGAGAAUGACAAUCUUAAACAAGAGAUGUCUGAUAUUCAGAAAAGUGAUAAUGAGACAUUUGAAAAUUACCAAAAUCAGAUCAAAGAAAUGAUGCAGAAUUUGGAAGAAGCCGAAAAUAAAGUUUCAACACUCCAAGAACAAAUUUCAAUGAAUGAAAAGAGUGAUAGUGAAAAAGUUACUUCUUAUGAAGCAAAGAUCGCUCAAAUGCAUCAAGAAAAGAAAGAACUUGAAAAGAAAUUCACGGCAGCCAAACAAAUUGUUUCAAACAACAGACAAGAAAAGAAAGAAAUGGAAGAAAAGAUAAAUUCAUUGACAAAACAGGUUUCAGAUAAAGAUGAAGAGUUACAGAAAUCUAAAGAAGAAAUUGAAUCAUUAAAUCAUAAGGUCACAUCAAAUGAAGCUGAAAAGCAAAAAGUUGCUGAAGAUCUCCAACAAAAAUUGUCUGAAAUUGAAUCAUUGAAACAAAAAUUGACUGAAAAAGAAAAUGAUGUUCAAAAAGUAACAGAACAAAACAAAUCCAUCGAAGACCUCAAGCAACAAAUAUCAGAGAAAGAGAAAGUAAUUACUGAUAAUCAGAAAACAAUAGAAAAUCUUUCAUUCGAGUUAACAGAACUCAAACAAAAGAAGGAUGACUCGGAAAAAGAUAAAGAAAUAAUCCAAAAUUUGACAAAAGAUUUAGAAAAAAUGAAGGCAGAUUUGGACUCCAAACAAAAGGAAAAUGAUGAAAUUAGAUCUAGAUUGAACAGAGAAAUCGAAGACAAUAAGCAGGCAUUGGCGAAAGCUGUUGAAACUGCUAAAAUUUUAUCAGAAGAAAACGAAAAAUUGACAAAACAAAUGGAACAAGUUUCUUCUUCAGAAACUGAAAAGUGCCAAGUUUUAUCCUCUAAAAUAUCUACUUUAGAAAGUCGUUUACAGAGUUCUGAAACAAGAGCAACCUCUGUUUUGGAAGAUAGAAAUCGUUUAUCAUCAGAAUUAUUAAGAACAAUGAGUGAACUCAAAGAAUCUAAAAACGAAAAGGAUAAAAUAACUCAAGAGUUCAAUGAUAAGAUUAAAGAGCUCGAGAGCAAUUCUAGAGAACAGACUGCAAACUACGAAGGAAAAAUCAAACUUUUGGAGUCAGAAAAAUCUUCUUUGGAAACUAAAAUCAAUGAAGAUCAAUUGAAGAUUUCCAAUUUGGAGAAAAACGUUCAGAAUCUUUCAAACAAGAAUUCUGUUUCUGAUAAUGAAGUAUCUAAACUGAAGGAAGACAACAGUAAACUCAAGAAUCAGAUUUCAAACUUCGAAGUAGAAAUCAUGCAAAUCAAAGAAUCAAAUGAUUUGUUGACAUCUCAAAACGAGAAAUUAAGAGAGAGUAAGAAUAAAUUGCAGCAAAAUGUUAAUGAUUUAGAAGCAACAAAGAAGGAUUUGACUCAAAAAAUGGCUCAAAUGAAAUGUGACAGUAGAGAAAACGAAAUUAAUUCUUUACUUGAAACAAAGAAAUCUCUUGAAGAAAAAAUUUCUGUUCUUCAAAACCAAAUUGCAACGAUUUUAAAGGAUAAAAGUGAUUUAGCUGAACAAAUUGAGCUCAAAGAAAUAGACAUCAAAGACCAGAUGCUCAAAUACAAAGAGCAAAUGAGCCAAAAUGAUAAUGUCGUUUUCGAAAUGAGAAAAGAAAAAAUUGAGUUAGAAAAUCAAAUCAAAGAAAUUAAAUACCAAAAUGAGUUGAAUGUCAGUAAAAUGAACCAAGAAAAAGAAGAAUUAACUAAAUCUUAUGAAGAAAAGAUCCUUUUGUACGCAAAGAAAGUUCAACAAUUAUCAAGAAAACUUCAAAAAGUUUCUGAAAAUCAAUCCCCACAAAAACCAAAGCCAGCCGAAACUCAGCAGCAAAAUGAUAAAAGUUUAAUGCCAGAAUACAUCCAAAAAGUACUUCUUCAGUUCUUUAUUCAAGACGGAUCAACUCGUGAAAGUAUGAUUCCAGUCAUUUUAACUCUUGUCGGAUGUGAUCAGCAAGCAAUUAACCAAGCUAUUAGAUCUUGGAAAGAUUCACAACAAGGACCUUCAAAGGCCUUUGGACUCUUUAAAUUCUAA